AUGGCCACGGAAAAACAGAGCACGAUGCAGUACAGCCACGAGACCACUCCGUUGCUGUAUGUCGAAGUAGCACAGCGCCCACCUCGCUAUCCGCAUAGGAGCGUUCGAAAAACGUGUACGGCAUGCCUAGGGACGAUUUUAAUCCUGUCCGUGAUUGUGCUAUUCCUGCCAUAUGCUUUCCUGCCCCGCGGGUACGGUUCUAUAGCCGACAAUCUUCCGUGGACAUCGCAGACCGGACUAGACUAUGCCUCUCUUCAGCAGCUGCUGCAAACUGUCCCGAGUGCAUCCAAAGCGAGAGAAUGGAACGAGCACUAUACGUCUGGCCCUCAUCUUGCUGGCAAGAACUUGAGCUUGGCUAUCUGGACCAAGGUGAAAUGGGAAGAAUUCGGAGUGCCUGACGUCCAGCUUACAACCUAUGACGUCUAUUUGAAUUACCCAGUUAGCCAUCGACUGGCACUGCUAGAGAAGGACAAGAAGAACAAUGACUUUAAGGUCACAUAUGAAGCUUCAUUGGAAGAAGAUGUGCUCGACAACGACGCAACCAGUGGGCUCAAAGAUAGAGUUCCGACUUUCCACGGCUAUUCGGCCAGCGGAAACGUCACUGCCCAAUACGUCUAUGUAAAUGCCGGAACCCACGACGAUUAUGAAGCCCUUCUGAAUGCCAACAUCACCUUGGAAGGCAAAAUUGCACUAGCAAAAUAUAGCGAAAACAUGCGGGGGUUGAAGGUGAAGCGUGCUCAAGAGCUAGGGAUGGUUGGCGUUAUCAUCUAUACGGACCCUCAGGAAGAUAGAGAGAUGACAGAGUUAAAUGGACAUAAAGCAUAUCCUGAUGGUCCAGCUAGGAACCCGAGUGCAGUGCAGAGAGGCAGUGUUCAAUUCCUAAGCAACGGAGCUGGCGAUCCCACAACUCCUGGAUACCCUUCCAACCCUGGAUGUCCAAGACAAGACCCUAAAGAAUACAUUCCUUCGAUUCCUUCAUUGCCGAUCUCGUAUAGGGAUGCCAUACCAUUACUGAAGGCUCUUAAUGGACAUGGGCCUAAGGGCUUGGAUUUCACUAAGGACUGGCAGGGUGGCCUUGUCCACAAAGGCGUGGAGUACAACGUUGGACCAUCACCCGAAAACGUUAUGAUCAAUCUCCACAAUGAACAGGAAUACGUGACAACUCCUAUCUGGAACGUUAUCGGGGUUAUUCAAGGCUCAAUUCCUGACGAGGUUGUUGUUGUCGGUAAUCACCGUGAUGCUUGGAUUGCUGGAGGCGCAGGUGAUCCAAACAGCGGCUCCGCUGUGUUAAAUGAGGUCAUCCGUAGUUUUGGCGAGGCCCUUAAGGGUGGUUGGAAACCAAAGAGAACAAUUGUUUUUGCUAGCUGGGAUGGUGAAGAGUAUGGUUUGAUUGGGUCAACUGAAUGGGUCGAGGAAAAUCUCAAAUGGCUCUCGGGGGCUAACGUUGCAUAUCUCAAUGUCGAUGUUGCCGUCUCUGGGAAGAAAUUCCUAGUUCACGCCAGCCCCUUACUCAACAAAGCUAUCUAUGAAGCUGCCGGACAGGUCCUCUCUCCAAACCAAACUGUUAAGGGCCAGACUAUUCUUGACGUAUGGGAUCGUAAAAUUGGCGUCAUGGGAAGUGGAAGUGAUUUCACUGCCUUCCAGGAUUUUGCUGGCAUACCAAGUCUUGACUAUGGCUUUACACGUGGAAAGGGCGAUGCUGUAUACCAAUAUCACUCUAAUUAUGACAGUUUUGACUGGAUGGACCGAUAUGGUGACCCUGGCUGGAAGUAUCACGUCGCCAUGGCAAAAGUUUGGGCCUUGACAGCAGCUCAUAUAUCUGAAACCCCCGUCCUUGCUCUGAAUGCCACUGAGUACGCCAUCGCAUUGAAAGGGUAUCUUGAUUCCGUGAAGGACAAGGUUCCUGCCGAAACCCUAAGCCGAUUCAGCUUCUCCCCUCUCGAUGAUGCUCUCUCGGCAUUCCAUGAGAGGGCAGUUCGGUUCGAUGCCUACACGGAGGCCCUUGCUGCCAAGCUUAAUAAAGGUGGUCAUUGGUGGACCAGGCUUAUCCUUUACUUCAAGAUCCGCUUCGCCAACCAGAAAUACAAAUACAUCGAAAGGAAGUUCUUGUAUAACGAAGGGUUAGAUAACAGAGGGUGGUUCAAACACGUGGUGUUUGCUCCCGAUCGAAGGGACGGGUAUGCUGGCGCAGCCUUACCAGGUUUGGUUGAAAGUUUUGAGGAUAAUGAUUUGGAGAAUGCUGAGAAAUGGAGAGAUAUCAUCAAGUCUAAAGUUGUCGAUGCUACUGAAUUUUUGGGGUAG